GACUGGACCGAGCGGAGUUGUGCGUGUCGCCGCCGGGGGGUGGGCCGGGGGAGGGGAGGUUCGUUCCGCGGAGCCGCAGCCAGCACCGGGACCAGGAAUCGCCUUCAGCCCUGACUGGUGCAUCUUUGGCAGAGUGCGAGGACGCAAACAGCCCCAUUGUUAGAUGAGGUCUAAUCAUGGAGCAUUUGAAGUCAUAUAAAGAAGGUUCCUUGGCAUGGACACAAGCUCAUUGGGAGGAUUAGAACUGACUGACCAGACACCUGUGUUGUUGGGGAAUUUGGCCAUGGCAACCAGUCUUACGAAUGUAGGGAAUUCAUUUAGUGGUCCACCUAAUCCUUUGGUAUCUAGAUCUAGUAAGUUUCAGAACUCAUCAGUAGAAGAUGAUGAUGAUGUGGUUUUCAUUGAACCUGUACAACCUCCCCCACCUUCUGCACCAGUGGUGGCUGAUCAAAGAACCGCAGCAUUCACAUCGUCCAAAAACGAAGAACAUCAAGGAAACGAUUCAAAAAUUCUUCCUUCUUCAAAAGAGUUGGCUUCUCAGAAGGGUAGUGUAAGUGAAACAAUUGUCAUCGAUGAUGAAGAGGACAUGGAAACAAAUCAAGGGCAAGAGAAAAAUCCUUCUAACUUUGUUGAGCGAAGACCUUCUGAGACUAAAAACAGAACCAAUGAUGUGGAUUUCUCUCCUUCCAGUUUUUCAAGAAGUAAGAUUCGUGGAUCUCCCAAUCAGCGUCAUUUCCCCGUAAUCAGAAACAACCAGGGGUGGAUUCUUUAUCACCAGUGGCCUCACUUCCGAAGCAGAUUUUUCCGCCUUCAGCCCAACAGCAACCCACAAAACCCGUUAAAGUCACAUGUGCAAACUGCAGAAAACCUUUGCAGAAGGGACAGACAGCUUACCAACGAAAGGGAUCAGCGCACCUGUUUUGUUCCACCGCCUGCCUUUCGUCCUUCUCUCACAAACCUGCUCCAAAGAAACUUUGUGUUAUGUGUAAAAAAGAUAUAACUACAAUGAAAGGAACCAUUGUUGCGCAGGUGGAUUCCAGCGAGUCCUUUCAGGAAUUCUGCAGUACAUCUUGUCUGUCUCUCUAUGAAGACAAGCAGAAUCCUACUAAAGGAGCUCUAAAUAAAUCAAGA